ACUCACGUGCUGUUUUAUUUUGAAAGAAACAACCGGAAGCGCUCCUGCUUAACGUUGUCCGCCCUGACCGCGUUGAGAGCUGGAGGGGGGGAAAGGAAAAAAAUCGAAGAAAAAAGGCAUAACUGAGAGCUUUGAGGGGCGGAUUUGGACAAAGUUUCCUAACUGUCCCGACCCAAGGAAGCUCCGGGGGGGUUGAAAGGGAGUCCAGUUCACCGGUAAUUCUUGCAGGAGUUAUAAGUCUGUUGUUAAUUAACAGUAAUUUUCAGUGUGUCUGAGAGCACCGUUGUCCCAGUCACCGGAAGUCUUCUUGAAGCUGCGUCUCCAACAGAGACAGCGGCGUCGACGUUUUUUUUUCUGCCUUGUUUUUUUUUUUCCUCGACUUUUUUUUUUCUGUCCGUCUUUUUUUUAUUUUUUCGCUGCGAGAUGAACAGACAGUGAGGAAUGGAGGCGUAGGGAGCAAGGAUGUGUUUGUUUGCUCGUCGGCCAGCCGGCGGAGCAAAUGAAUAUAGAGGCCUCAUUCUAGCUAGAGAAAGCCAACGAACAAAAGGAGAAAAUUAAUGGAGAAAUAAUGGACGAUUCCCAUUUCAACUCAUCAUACUUUUGGUCUCCCGUCCCCACUGUACAAGGACAGAUCGAGAACGCCAUGUUCCUAAACAAGGCAAAGGAGCAGCUGGGUCCAGAGAAAGCCAAUGCGCCUCCUUUCCCUCAUUCUUCUGCAUCUUCCACAUCAUCCCCACACUUUCCUACAGCUGUGCUUGCCAUCCCAAGCUCAGUGGACCCGGGGGCUGGGGUGCGGGUGGUUCCAAAGCAAGAAGGAGGUGGUAGUGGUGCAGGAGGAGUCGGCGGAAACAGCGGCAGCGGCUCACUGAGUGCAGUCGGGGGCCAUUUACACCAGUCUCACACCUCCCAGAACGUCACCGUUGUGCCUGUUCCCUCCACUGGGAUCAUGACUGCAGCUGGAUUAGUGAUCACCACCCCUCAAGGCACGCUGGUCCCAACAGCCUCCACUCAGUCAUUUGUCGCUGGACACCCCUCUGCCACCACCAUGAUAGUGUCUGCAUUACACCCAUCAAAUUCAGAAAAGAAAGACGAUGUUGCUGUUCCUCCUGCAGUUGUCAUGCCGACGCCUUCGAAGCGAGGCAGGAAGAGCAAACAGGGGAUGGGGAGAGUGGGCGGAGUCCUCCCGCCAGGAAGUGAUGCGCUGAUAUUGGCUCACCUUGCUGCUGGAGGACAGCAUCACGCUCCUGACCCAUAUGAUCUGUCUAACAAUGAGGACGAUCACACUGGCAAAGACGGCCCCAAGUCCUACAGGUGCCGGAUGUGUGCGGUGACUUUUUUCAGCAAGUCGGAUAUGCAGAUCCACGCCAAGUCCCACACGGAGGCAAAGCCCCACAAGUGUCCUCACUGCUCCAAGUCGUUUGCCAACUCCAGCUACCUGUCCCAGCACAUCCGCAUCCACAGCGGGGCCAAGCCCUACACCUGCACCUACUGCCAGAAAACGUUCAGGCAGCUCAGUCACCUGCAGCAGCACACACGAAACCACACGGAGGCAAAGCCCCACAAGUGUCCUCACUGCUCCAAGUCGUUUGCCAACUCCAGCUACCUGUCCCAGCACAUCCGCAUCCACACCGGGGCCAAGCCCUACACCUGCUCCUUCUGCCAGAAAACAUUCAGGCAGCUCAGUCACCUACAGCAGCACACACGAAUUCACACUGGCGACCGGCCAUACAAGUGCAACCAUCCCGGCUGUGAAAAAGCUUUCACCCAGUUGUCCAACCUACAGUCUCACCGCCGGCAGCACAACAAAGACAAACCGUACAAAUGCCACAACUGCAAUCGUGGUUACACAGACGCCGCCAGCCUGGAGGUUCAUCUGUCCACGCACACUGUCAAGCAUGCCAAACUCUUCUCCUGCGGCCUCUGUAACAGAUCCUACACAUCCGAAACGUACCUAAUGAAACACAUGAGGAAACACAACCCUGACCCAUUGACAGUGGCAGCAACGGUGGCGGCUCAGCAGGCCCAAGGCCUCACCACGGGAGGAGGCGGCAGGGGUCGAGGCCGUGGUCGAGGGAGAGGAGGCGUUUCUGGCGGAGGCAGAGGUGCGAGCCAGCUUCAAAACCAAUCUAACCCCAACAAUGCCAACCAGAACCCGAACCCUGGACCCCCAGGCAGCUACCAGUCUACCCAGCAGCCCUCAGAAGCUGUGGUUCAAUGCCCAUUCGACCUCCACCAGUACAAGACAGUGGCAGCCAAUGAAAUCCAAUACAAACCAGUCACUGUGGCUGACCUCCCAGUUACCCACAAAGACCUCUGCCUCACCGUCUCCACGUCAGCCAUUCAGGUGGAGCACAUGAACUCGUAGACUGCAGCCCCCCCGCUCUGCUCGUGGGGUCACUGUAAAAAGCUCCAUGUGAACAAGUAAAUUAUAAAUACGGUAAAUACUUUCCCACCCUUAUCAGACAUAUGCAAGUCAUCUGCUUAUGAAUCCUCCGCUGGACUGGACGGUUUCAUGGAAUCCAUGCUGAAAAACUCAAAGUUCUGCUUUACAAUCAAAAGUUGGAUUCCAUUCGGAAACUUUGAGACUAAAAACAACAGAAAUGUUCUUGUCAGAUCAGAUAUUUCACAGUGAGCUUGCCCAGCCCGAAUACCCAUGAAGGAUUGCUGGUUUAAGAGGUUUGUCUGCACAUUUAAAAGGCAAACCUGGACUUGAAAACCUUCAAAAAGAAGUCAUCGAUUUCUGUCGUCUGAAACCAGUGAAUCUGAUUCUUGGAGAGUAAACUGUGAAAUAUCAGAAAAGACACAUUACUUUAUUCUGUGUUCAGUUGUUGACAGGAUAAUGUGAUUCUAAAGUCAUCUAAGUAAAUGUAUUUUUAACUUUAUCCAAAUUUUAUUUUACACCUAACAAAGGGAAAAUAGGAAGACAAGAAGGCAUUGAUUAAAAACGACAGGAACCGUCAUAGCAACAACUACUACAGUGGACUAGAAUAUUCAGAAGAUUAAGGAGAAGAAAAUCAAAAUGUGGCAUUCGAGUGCCAAGAUGGACAAACCUGAGAAAAGAACUGGAGCAGGAAAACUGCUGCUUUGGAAACGUGGCAAAACCCUGCAACAAAGUACUCACAAACGCGGAUCUUAUGUACACUCGCGUUCUCCAAGAAGAGCAAAAGGAACUUUCUGAGGAUGUACUCCACACAAAGAAAUCUGCAGCAGAGCGAGGUGGAAAGACGAGACAAAAGGACAGGAAGUGGUCGUACAGAAAGCACUUGAUGGAACCUAUACUUUAUGUUUGACAUUGUUUGUCUUUUUUAUAUCUAUAUCAUAUGUUUGUAUUUUUCUACCAACAGAGGAACGUGUGGUCACAGAGAGAAGAAAAAGUCAGUGCAUGAAUGUGAUGGGAACAGAGACGAGUAACGGUGUUACAUUUCAGCUAAGAGCAUUUCAUAGUUCUCCGAGUGAAGACAGUCCAGUGUUGUGUUGUCAGGAUGGCUGAAUGGAUUAUAUAAUGAUUGUGUGAUAAAGAUGGCUGAUAGGUACUGUUAUCGAUCUUUUUUUAAAAGACCUUUUCAUACAUGCUAUUACUACUUUCAUUAUAAAUGUAAUGCUAAUUUUAUCCAUAUAAUAUCCAGUCUGAGGCAUUAUGGUUAUUGCAGUAUGCUGUACAUAGAAUAGAUAGACUUUUUCAUCUGCAAAAGGGAAGAAUGUCUUUUGUACAGAAAAUACAUGAAAACUAAAGAACUCCAGUUAAAAAGAACCAAAUCACUGGCUUUGUCCAAGCCUGCAGAGCAGGCACGCGUCCAAAAAAAAUGAGUGGAGCUGCUCCCAUUUCUUAAUUACAUUUAUUUCAUAUUUUAAUCAAAAUAUACCCUCUAAAAAAUUACAGCCAUACAGUUAACUUGCUGGAUUUUAUUUGUAAUCAUGUCCAAUUACUUUGACGGUGCUAUGACAUAAAUGAACCAACCCCAAUCUGAAAACAAAUCCUUCUACUCCACAGAUUAUCUAACGUAAUUAUGAAAUAAAUGUCAGUGUCCUGGGACUCAGUUCCACUAUCUACCUAAUCCAAACGAUGGAAAGGUCUGUACAACAGACACAUGCUCUUAGUGUGUACUCCACCUUGUAUUUCAUUGUGUUUUUUCUGAAAAGUAACAUGCUCCUGAUAAAAAAAAAAACAGUUGUUAUUGUCCUUCUAUGCUACACUCUCGCAUAUUGUAUGCACAGUUAAACCUUUUACUCAUCUGAACAGACUGUUUCUUCCCUUAUGAAAAUAAAGUUCAAAAACUUUCUGAUUAAAAAAA